AUGUUUAUGGGUGGGUGUUGGGGUAUUUGGGGUGGGGUGGUUGGGGUGGGUGUGGGGGUUUGUGUUGUGGUGGGUGUUUGGGGGAUGGGUGGUUUGUGUUUGGUUUGUGUGGGUUGUUGUUUUGUGGUGGGGGGUUUUUGUUUUGGGGUUUGUUGUGGGGGGGGUGGUGUGGUUUUGUUUGGUGUUGUUGAUUUGUUGGUGUUGGUGGGGUUUGUUGGGGGUUGUUGUUUUUGUGUGGGGUGGUGGGUGGGUGGUGGGGGGGGUGUUUUGUUUGUGAUGGGUUUGGGGUUGUGGGUGUUGUUUUGUGUGUUUUGUGGUUUUUGGGUUGUUUUUUUGUUGUUGGGUUGGUGGUGGUUUGGGUGGUUGGUGGGGGUUGUGUGUGGGUGGUUAUUUGAUUAUUUUGUGGUUUUUUAUGAGGUUGUUGUGGGUGGGUGUUGUUGUGUGGGGUUUGUUUGUGUUGGUGUUUUUUGUUGUGGGGAGGGGUGGGUGUGUGUGAGAGUUGAGAUUGUGUAUUUUUUUUUAUUUGUGUUUGGUGUUUGUUGGGGGUUGUGUUUUGUGUAUGGUUUGGUUGGGGGGUGUUUGUUUGGGGUUUGGGGGGGGGGGUUAGGUGGGGGGUGGGUUAUGGGUGUGGGGUUGUUUGUUUUUUGUGGUGAGGUUGUGGGGGUUGGUUGUUUUUGGUGUUUGGGGUUUUUGGGUAUGUGUGGGUGUUGGUUUUGGGGGGGGGUGUUUGUUGGGUUGGGUUUUUUUGGUGUUUUUUUGGGGGUUUGUUAG